GGCUAACUAUGGCUGACAUUGCGCGACAGUCAACUUUUCAAUUCUUUUUGUCAAUCGCGAGAUUUUAUGAUUAAAAACGAUGUAAGUAUAUACAAUAUUCGUGAGGUGCAAUGGGCACACAAUAUCCCUAAGAAGAAAUUUUGUUAAAUGUGUUUAAAAACUGAAAAACAAUUGGAUUAUGACAGUUGUGCAGUGAUUCUCUAUCUUUGCAAUAUCCAUACAAUUCUCAGAUUCGCAGGGGGUAUCAAGAUCGGCCUUCGAAAUCGCAAAAAUUGGGUCUUUACGACGUUUCAUCGUCCUCAAAAAAUUUUUUUAAAAUGAUCUGAAUAAUUCAUCUCGCAACCUUCCUGACUUCGUUAUGGAGGAUAGUAUGAGUGUUAAGUCAAUGGAAUCUGUGGCGACAAGCGAUGAAUAUGAAUUUGUAAGUGACAAAGGUAUCACGAAACAACAAUCGCUACUUGAACCGCCAAUGCUUAAAAUUGCCAAUAAUGGCAAUUUAGAGGAUCUGCAAAACAACCUUCGCGAGGUAUUAACGGAAGAUUCAAAAAUGGAGGGAAAUGGAGGAAGUGAUCAUCAGAAAGUAUUAAAUAGUGGCAACACGCAAAUUAGUCAUAAAACAAAAUCAGUUGGUCAAAGUAAAUUUUAUGAUGUUGCCUCUUCAACUGUCACGCCCGAGAAACAAGAUAUUAUGAAACCUGAUGAUUAUAAUGAUGAUAUUAUUGAAUUAAAUGCAUUGUCCGAUGUUCAACAAGAGUGUACAAUUUUCAAUGGGGUCACUUAUCACGGUUCAACGGCAAUUAAUGCACCAAAAUCUGAAUGUGAAAUUCAGAGAAAUAUGAAAAUUUUAAAUGCUGAACAAUCAUUGAAUAAGGUUUCAGUUUCUGUACCUAGCAGUUCGCAAGGUUGUGUCGUUCUCUACGAUGCUGAGUCUCAACAACCAAUAGCUCAAUACGAGGUGCAUAGAAUUCUUUUUUACGCGAGAGGAGAAUGUAGUGGUCCAUGUGCUGCGUGUUUUGCAUUCACAUGGUCUCACGGUGAUACAUUGGAGUCUGCCAUUUUUCAGUGUCAUGUUUUUCGGUGUGAUAUUCCAGAGGCCGUUGGACAAGUAUCGGCCUGUUUCGCCAAAGCAUUUCAAAGAAUUCCACGAUCAAUGACGAAUUCUUUAACCGGAAGUGACUUCAAUGGAUAUAAUCCAGGAAAUGAGAAAAUUAAUUCUCGAAUGUUCAUUUUUGAAGUGACGAUGGAAAUAAAAGAGGAGGAUGGUAAAGGUGCUUAUGCUACGGUUCCCAAAGAUAGAAAUUGUUUUAAAUUACGUAGCAAUGUUGCUAAACAGGUGUGUUUGAGUAUUCAGCAAGUGUCACGAGGCGAAGGGGGAAUUACUUUAGAAGUUGAAAGAUGUUUUGGAGUACUUGUUAGUCCUGGGAGAAAUGUCAAGCACAGUGAUAUGAGAUUAUUAGAAAUGCAAGUCACAGCCGGUCCGUUAGUGCAAGACAAACAAUGUUACAAUAUUUGCGGUCGAUGGGAUCCAGCGGAUCCUUCUUUAGAAGCACUCAAUAUGGAAACACCACGUGAGGGAAAAAUUUUUAUGACAGUCGCUGUUGAUUUGGUUAUAAGAGGAAUAAGAGAACCAGUUAGAUUUGCAAUAGAAACGGCCGUUAAAAUAUUCCCUCAAAAUGAAAGAUUUUGGUAUUUAAAUAAAAGGAACCUAGUCCAACAAUUUUAUCUCAACUCAAAAGAGAUAAUAUCGGGUGAUGGAUCGGAUAUUCAUUACGAGGUACAAAAUAUCGAAACAUCUGGUGAACUCGAUAGAAAUCGAUUAAAUCUUGCUCUCAAUUUAGCGUCAUUAAUAAGAUCACCAUCGCUCACGAGUAUCGAUACACUCACACCAAAGGAAGAAAUCGAUUCAGAUGGAGACGAGCCAAUGUUAAGUGGUACUGGUGAAGUUUCAAAAGAUUGUUCAGCUGAUGAACUAGCAAGUUGGGCGGAAGUUUUAGACAGUUGGCAAUUUAAUGAGCAACGUCCAAAACUUUUAAUUAAAUUAACAAAACAAGGAAUACCUGAAGCUUUAAGAGGCGAAGUAUGGCAGAGAUUAAGUAAUUGCGAUAAUUCUCAAGAAAUGAUGGACAAAUAUCGAAUGUUAAUUACAAAAGAAAGCAGCUGUGAAAGUGUAAUUUUGAGGGAUAUAAAUCGAACUUUUCCUGCGCAUGAUUUUUUCAAAGAAACAGGAGGAUUGGGUCAAGAUUCAUUGUACAGGAUAAGCAAAGCAUAUGCCGUUUAUGAUGAGGAAGUUGGAUAUUGUCAGGGCCUUAGUUUCUUAGUUGCCAGUUUAUUAUUACACAUGCCAGAAGAACAAGCGUUUUGCGUAUUGGUAAAAUUGAUGUACGAUUAUGGAUUACGCGACUUGUAUAAAGAUAGAUUCGAUAAUCUUCACAUGAGAUUUUAUCAACUUCAGCGCCUAAUAGAGGAUCAAUUGCCAGAACUUUACAAACAUUUCUGUGAUCGCGGCGUAGAAACGCACAUGUUUGCCGCACAAUGGUUUCUUACUCUUUUUACCGCCAGAUUUCCCCUGUAUCUAGUUUUCCAUAUUCUAGACGUGUUUCUCCUUCAGGGACUCGACACUCUUUUUCAAGUAGCAUUGGCUUUGCUUAUGUUAUGUAAAAAAGAACUACUCCAGCUCGACUUUGAGAGCAUUUUGAAAUACUUCCGAGUUCAUCUGCCAAAGCGUUGUCGUAAUGAAGAAGUAUCGCGUUACGUGAUGAAGCUUGCAUGUUCGAUAACGCUGAAAAAACUAAAGAAAUACGAGGCCGAGUUCAUGACACUCAAAGAGGCACAGGAAAAUGCGGACGAAUACAGUAACGAAGUUGAACAACUUCGUUGUGCAGUUGCUAGAAAUGAAGAAGAGAAACAAAGAUUGGAAGCUGAACUUCUUCAAGUUAAAGAAAUAUUACAACGUGAAGUUUCUCGAGCUGAUUCCGAAACGAGAAGAAACAAUGUUAUCAUUGCCGAAUACAAACAGAUUUGCCAGCGUUUGGAGGAUGAUUACAAUGCUGCAAAAACGGCCUUGAGUGAUUUACGCACGAAGAUAUCAAAGUGCGAUAAAUGUAGAAAUUACUUGAAGGAAUCGGCAAAUAUUCUAGCGGAUAUUGCCCAUCCUUUAGAAAAUCGAAUAGAUCCAAUUCUUAAUAGAGCUCAGGAAAGGGUACGUGAACUAGAAUUGGAACUUGCUCAGACAAAAUUAGCUCACGUGGAGGCGGAAUGUAGAAAUCAGGACUUAACACAUCAAUUGCAUGCAACUGCGGCCGAAUUAACGGCAGCGAGAAAUAGUUGGCCAUGGCUUAGUAAAACAUUGUCAAGCAUUAAAGAAGCGGCAAAUAAACGAGAAGUAAUUGGACAAGGAGUUUUGAGGCGUGACAGUGCACCAGGAGGCGAGAUGAGACACACUAUUCAUUCACAGAGUCGUGACAAUCUCAAAGAAGUUGUGUGAUGAUUAAGAAAUGAUUCGUGAAAGAAAAAAUUCUGUGCCACGCACAGUCAGGUAUUCGUCUACAAAGUACAUAUUAAAAUAAUUAUAUGUAUAAAAGUUGACGUUUGUACCUAAUUGUUACGUCGAUUCAAGUUGGUGUUUGCUUCGACACAGCCUCACAACGCAUCGUUUAAUCGUGCAGUUUUUUCGUUUUUUUUUUCUUAAAAAAAACCUUACGAUCUGAGAAUGGGGGGAUUCUGUCAACAUUUUUAGAACACUCGAAAUUUGAGGAUUUAUAUUUCCUUAGAAGAACAAACACAAAAAAAAAACUAGGUGCCUCUUUAAAAGUCAAGAUAUAAACCUCUCAGACUUUGAUCGUUCUUAUAGAAAUACUGUUUUAAAAGUCUCUAUUGUUAGGAUCCUUUGUUACGUUUUACAAAUACGUCCCUUUUUAUAAAAGAAAAAAAUUCCUCAUAAGGAAAGUGUGUAUUUUCGUCAAAUUUCGUUUCUUUAAUUACGCUCCCUGAAAAUAAUAUUUUCUUUUAAUUAAACAUUUCUUUGAUACACUUUUUUUAAAAAAUAAAAUGUGAAUGAAUUUUUUUUAUCAAAUCGAAUUUGGUUAAACCAAUGUAAUUGUGAAAAUAUCGACAAAAUGUUUUAUUAAAGAGAAAUAUUUUUUUCAGUGACUUAGUGAACUGAUGGCCUUAUAUAUUAAUUUCGAAAAAAUUCCUCUUCAAAAAAAAAAAAUAAUAAUAAUAAUAGAAAUGUUCAAUAAUAUUAAAAUUCCUGGCUCUGUUUUUGUAUAAAAAAACUAGUUUAAGAUUAUAAUUGAGUCUUUUCUUUAUGAAAAGAAACGUACAUACAAGCUAGAAAAAAAGUAUAUUGCGUCCUAUCGAAAAAAUAUAUAUGUUAACACAUUAUUCCCGAUCACGAGUCCGUUAAAAAUCGUAUCGAGUUGCAAAUUAAACGAUCAAGACAAAUUUUUCUCUUUGUACUGAUAGUACAUUCCAAUAUAGUACGACGAGAAUGUUUAUUUAUUUUUUGAGUCAUUGUACCUAAUCAACUGUGAUUCUACGUUUUAUUUUUUUUUCUUUUUUUUUUGUCUAAUUAGAUGCUUCGUCGUGCAAAUCGUUUUCGAGGCUCUCUGUACUAUGAGCAAUUCAAUAUUUUCUUUUCCAAUAAUAUAUAUAAAUAUAUAUCUAAACUUCAAGAUUUUCGACUGAUGUUUCGAAUUUUUUUUUAUAUUUUUAAGUUUUUAGUUACGCAACAAUUGCCAGACAUGAGUGAAUAAUUUUUAUCAUUGAAAUUCAAUUUCUGUGAAACUUAUAGUCAAUGUUUUUUUUAUUGUAUCAUCGUUUUAUGCAGGUUUUGCUACUGAAUUUGAAAAAUUAAAAAAAAAACUUUUUUAAAUAAUAAAAAGAACUUUACAAUAAUAAGUUAAUAAAAAAAAUAAAUUUAAUUUAAAGAAUUAUCAUAAAGUGUUCGUAUUUAAUUUAAAAAAUAAUUUCAAUAGUCAGAUGAUAAUAUUUACAAUAUGUAGUCAAAAUUUUACAAUAUUUCAAAAAUAUGUAAUUUUAAGUAAUUAGAAUUUGUCUAUUUUAAAUAAUAAUUAAAAAAUCUACCAAUUAAUAUUGUUUGUAAAUGAAAUAUUUUUGUGAUUUAUUUUUAGUAAAUGUAUACUUUAUAAGAAAUACGUAUUCGAUAAAAAAUUUUAACCUGCAUUAAAAUAAAUUAUAUUAAGUUGAUCACAUUUUAUUACUUCGACGAAAUCAAAUGUUUACAUAGUCAACAUAAUUAUUAUAUUUUUUGCAGUGGUUAUUCGUGAAAACGAACUAGUAGCACGUUAAAAUCAGAAAUACACAAAGGUAGUUACAAAUUACCACUAAUUGCAAAUUUGAAUACACAAUAUCACUAGUUUAAACAUCACGUAAAAAAAAAUAAAAAAAACCAAGAAUCCAAAAAUAUUGUCGUUUUAAAACUUUCGUUUAUAAAAAUCUCAAAAUAUUUUUCAAUAUUGUUAUACUAGAAAAUUUUGUUUAUUUAUUAUCAUCGACAUUGUUAAUAAUACAAGACUCAUUACUUUAAUUUUUCAAAACUGUUUGCCAAAAAUUCGUAAAUAGGAUUAUAUAAUAUUGUUCUUUGUUUGUAAAAUUUAUUAAACGCUUUUAUAAUAUGAUGAAAGCAGUUAAUGAAUUGAAAAAAAAAACUAGAGAAUAAUUUUACGAGAGUUAUAUUAAAAUUUAACAUCAAAUUCAAAUAUAAAUAGUAUAAUUUUAAUAGUUUUUAGUUUUUAAUAAUUUUUUAAAAACAAAUUUAUAAAUAUUAAAACAAUUAAAUUUAAUUUUGUUUAAAUAUUAAUAAAUUAUUUCAAAAUUUAACACAAAUUUUUAAAUUAAUAUUUUAAUUAAAUUAACUGAUUUUGAGAUUAUUUUUAAAAGAUUUUUUGUUGUAAUACAAUAAAUUUUGAUAAAAAUAAUGUAUUUUCGAGGGCAAUAUUUACGAUCACUUUAACAUGUAAACGAAAUAGUCUGGCAGAGAUUUAUAUGAAAAGGGAUUAAUUCUCAUAUGUAAAUAUUAAAAAUAACGCAUUUUGUGAACACUAGACAUGAUUAGAUUAGGAAUAUUUUCCAUAAAUGGAAAUGACAUUGUACACCCUGUAAUUUCAUUCCACGCUAAUGAUAUUAAAAUAAAAAUACUUGAAGGUAU